UGUGCACUCCGACGUGGACGCCAAGGCUAUGCACGUGAAGCUGGCGGACGAGGCGGUGUGCAUCGGCCCGGCGCCGGCGCGCCAGUCCUACCUCUGCAUGGACAAGGUGCUGGAGGCGGUGCAGCAGACGGGCGCGCAGGCCGUCCACCCCGGCUACGGCUUCCUCUCGGAGAACGCCGACUUCGUCCGGCUGCUGGAAGAGAACAACGUCGCGUUCAUUGGUCCUAACGCGAACGCCAUCACCGGAAUGGGCGACAAGAUCCAGUCCAAGAAGCUGGCCAUCGAGGCGGAGGUCAACACCAUCCCCGGGUUCGAGGGCGAGAUCCAGGACGUGGAUCACUGCAUCGCCGUGUCGCGGAAGAUCGGCUACCCGGUCAUGAUCAAGGCGUCGGCCGGCGGCGGCGGGAAGGGCAUGCGCGUGGCCAGGAACGACGAGCAGGCCAGGGAGGGCUUCCGGCUGUCGCAGCAGGAGGCCGCGUCCAGCUUUGGAGAUGACAGAAUUCUGGUGGAGAAGUUUGUUGACAGUCCCCGGCACAUUGAGAUACAGGUCCUGGCUGAUCAGUUUAACAACGCGAUCUACUUGAAUGAGAGGGAAUGCUCAAUCCAGAGACGGAACCAGAAGGUCAUUGAGGAAGCACCCAGCGUGUUCCUGGACGCGCAGACGCGGCGCGCCAUGGGCGAGCAGGCGGUGGCGCUGGCUCGCCGCAUUGGUUACAGCUCGGCCGGCACCGUCGAGUUCCUGGUGGACGCACAGCGCAACUUCUACUUUCUGGAAAUGAACACGCGCCUGCAGGUGGAGCACCCCAUCACCGAGUGUAUCACAGGCGUGGAUCUCGUGCAUCAGAUGAUCCGCGUCGCCAGCGGACACAAGCUGAAGCUGAAACAAGAGGACAUCCCCAUCCGUGGCUGGGCUAUUGAGUCUCGUGUGUAUGCCGAAGACCCGUUCAAGAACUUUGGCCUGCCAUCUGUCGGCAGACUGAGCAGAUACAUGGAACCCAACCACCUACCCGGUGUACGCUGCGACUCGGGCGUGGAGGAGGGCUCCGACAUCAGCAUCUACUACGACCCGAUGAUCUGCAAGUUGGUGGCGUACGGUCAAGACCGGUCGCAAGCGGUGGCGCGCAGCCUGGACGCGCUCGACUCGUACGUUAUCCGCGGCGUGACGCACAACGUGCCGCUGCUGCGCGACAUCCUGGCCGAGCCGCGCUUCGUGGCCGGCGACAUCACCACCAACUACCUGCCCGAGGUGUACCCGGAUGGCUUCCGCGGCCACCAGCUGACGGGUGAGGGGCUGGCGCGGCUGGCGGCCGUUGCCGCCGUCGUGCACGUGAAGCACCAGCGGCGCUCGGUGGCCGUCACCGGACACCAUGCGCUCCAGCCGACGCCCACCGCCUGGGAUCUGGUGGUGCUGUGCGGCGCAGCCGGGGACGUGCCCUGCGCGGUGCGUCAGACCGGCGCUGGAUUUGAGGUUACGUGCGGCGAGCACCAGCUGACAAUGGCCGAUGACUUCACGCUGGCCGAGCCCGUCAUGAACCUCACCAUCAACGGACAGCGCGAGAUGGUGCAGCUGGUGCGGCGCGGCCUCAAGGGCGACGCCAGGCUCAGGUUCCGAGGAACGGCGUUUGACGUGCAGGUGUACUCGGACGCUGCCUACGAGUACUUCAAAAUGAUGCCGAAGAAAGAGGAGGCGGACGUGGGCAAACAGGUGACGUCACCGAUGCCGGGCCUGGUGAAGUCGGUGGCGGUGAGCGUCGGCGACAUGGUCUCGGAGGGCCAGGAGGUAUGCGUCAUCGAGGCGAUGAAGAUGCAGAACUCCCUGGUGGCCGCGGCCACCGGCAAAGUGCGCGCCAUCCACGUCAAGGAGGGCGACACCGUCGAAGACGAACAAAUCUUGGUGGAGCUGGAGUAGGAGCGAUGACAGCCGGCAGAUGCGCGCGGACUCGCGGCUGCACGGUGGUGACAUCUGCCGGCGCGAUGGGAAGCUGUUGACGCUGCGGGGCGAGCGUCGAUUUUUGUAUUGGACGGUGCUUAAUGGUAGCGGUGGCGUGGCAGUUCUUCGUGAUCGUUACCGCGUGUCGAUUGUCACUUCUCUUGUUCGUCGGGUCUGCAUUAGGCUGUGAGGUAAUGAUUAAUUAGUUUUCAAUUAAGUUGCAGUGAAGACAAUUUGGUUCUUGUCGCAUUUAACUCAUCGCUUCCCCCAUACAGUAUGGCAAGGACAAUUGAUAACGGGUCUACCUGACCCUUGCCAUCAUCUUAGAGGACCAUGUUGUGUAGAACAGUAUGCGUAUGAAUAUUGAAGACACCUGCCUUUUGUUACGUAGAUUGUAUUGGGAUUUGGAGUGAGCCAGUGGAAGUUGCAGUGUGCUAUGCGACGUGGGACGUGCAAUAUGAUGUAGCGACGAGAUCAUC